UCUUACGUAUGCCCAAUGUGUGGAAAAUCGUACAAAUAUGAGUAUAAUUUAUUUUACCACUGGAGAAGAACAUGUAGAGAACUAUUCGAAUUAUUAUCUGCAGAGGAACGGAAAGUAUAUUCAUUUUUUUUGUUUAUUUUUAUUAUAAAUUUUAUAUAUUUUUUUGGAGGUUUAAAUCUUUGCAGACCAUGGAUGUUAAUUCUCUCAAAACUUUAUGGUUGCAUUUCUUCAUAUUCUUUAGCUGGCAGAGGCAACACAUGUAAUCUGUGUGGUAUAGUCAUUUUGGCCUCUCAUAUAGCACGCCAUAAAGCUGUUCAUCGAGGAGAAGCUGGUGUUGAUGAAAGGAGUGUGUCUGGUGGUUUUUUUUGUGAUCUUUGUGGGCUCAUGUUUCGUCAACAUUUUAAUUUGCUAAAACAUUGGAGAACCGGAUGUCCAGAAAUCCAGGCUUGCUUACCGGAUAAUCAAGAAAUUUCAAUGGAUGAUAAUGAUUUGAAACAAAUGGUUUCUAUUUUAAUGAAGAGAUGUAAUGAUGGUAUGGUUCACAUUAAUUAA